AUGUCUAUUAUACUUGAAGGUGCUAUCCUCCCUCCGCAUCUUCUCCAAGACAAGCCCGCCUCGUGGCCAAGUCCCUAUUACCCUCAGUACUACCCCGCGCCCGGCUCUUCACCUCCCUCAAUGUCUCCACAGUCGCAUCACUCGUACAUGCCACACUUACCAGAAAGUCCUCUCCCUUCUCAAGAUCUGAAUAGUCAGCCGACUCCUGGCUGGUGCCCCUCGAUUUCAGCCCCAGAGUACCAUAGCGAGACCAGCUAUGUCUCGUAUCCCCACUAUGUGCCUCCGCAUACAUCAACUAUCAACCUAUCGCAGCCCGCCCCUACGCUUCAAUACUCAACGAGGGCUUCAGUUUCCGCUACGCAGCCAUCAGCAGCCAUCUCUCCAGGCACGGUCUACUCCCGGGACUCAGUAGUACCAGAAUCUACACGUCCUUCAGAAGAGCCUCAGUCCGACGCAAGAAGUGUGCCUCGUCAGUCCACGUCUCGUUUUAGGAGACAGUCCCGCCUCAUGGACCGGUCUCACAGUAACUUAGACUCACUGCCUUCAGCAGCAGUAGACGGCCCAUGGAUGAACGCACUAGGCAUCCACUCAAGCCACGAUGCAUACUACUCAGCAUUCCCGACUCACAGUCCACAGUUGAGUGAACCGUCAACAGAACUAUCAUCCAACCAGAUGACAUCACCACAACCGCGACGCUUGUACACACCAAUCGCCCCUCUACCCCUUGAGACACCUCGGUCGCAUGCGACCAAGAGGUACCGGGAAGACGACGAAGAAGAUGAGCCUAAGCGAAGAAAGCGAUCAGACUCGCAAAUGUCAACACAGUUCGAGCUCAGUGAGGAAGACAGACUACUGCUACGGCUCAAAGAAGAUGAGAACAUGCCAUGGAAGGACAUCGCAGCGCGCUUUCUGACAGACCUCAAUAAGAAUUAUCAAAUACCAGCAUUGCAGAUGCGUAUCAAGCGACUGAAAGAGCGCAUGCGCAUAUGGGCCGAUGCAGACGUUCAGGCACUGCGCAAGGCACAUGAUUACUGGGCAUCAAGCAAGUUCGAUAUCAUCGCACAAAAGAUGCAAGACUUUGGUGCUACAGAGAAGUGGACAGCACGACAAUGCUCACGCAAAUGGCAGGAGGUCGAUCCUGCGCCCAUUCCAUAUGCCCAAUUUGAGCACCACAUCCAGCAGGGCUUUGCUCCCUACGCGAUGAGCCCCAUCGAGCCGUCGCAUAGCAACUACUUCCUGCACACCUAG